AUGAAAUCUGAAUUUGAAAUGUCAGAUCUUAGAGAAUUAUCAUAUUUUCUGGGCAUAGAGUUCAAGAGGACAAAGGCUGGGAUUUUUAUGCACCAAAGCAAAUACACAACUGAUGUUCUAAAGAGGUUUCAAAUGUUUGACUGCAACUCAGUUUCAACUCCUGUUGAAACUAGUGUUGUGCUGGAUCAAUCAGGGUUGAAACAAUUGGUGGAUAAGAUUGUGUUCAGACAAAUGGUAGGCUCCUUGAGGUACAUAUGCAAUACCAGACCAAAUGUAGCAUAUGGAGUUGGCUUGGUGAGUAGAUUCUUGAAAGCACCACAACAAGGUCAUUUGAAUGCAGUGAAAAGGCUACUGAGGUACUUGAAAGGGACUAUUGGUUUUGGUUUACUGUUUCCUACAAACUUGAGUAGCAAUUCUUGUGAGAUGACUGGCUUCUCAGAUGCUGAUUGGUGUGGGGUAAAACUGAUAGAAAGAGUACCACAUGGUAUUUGUUUCAGUUUGGGAAUGCAGCUAUCAAUUGGUGUUCAAAGAAGCAAUAUGUUGUGGCCUUAUCGUCAUGUGAGGCCGAAUACAUAA